UUUUCACUAUUACUUCUGCGGCGUUCCAGGUGAGGGGGUGAAAUUAAGGAGGCGGAAGUCAAUCCUUUAUGACCCGGAAGGAGGUUCCUGGACGUAGGAUUGUUUACAUUUCGAACAAACCUGUGCCUUUAGGAAGGUAGUUAAACCGACUUGGUCGCUCUGACAGGAUGGUUUGCGAAAAAUGUGAAAAGAAACUUGGCACUGUUAUUACUCCAGAUACUUGGAAGGAUGGAGCACGGAACACUACAGAAAGUGGUGGAAGGAAAUUAAAUGAAAACAAGGCUUUGACUUCAAAGAAAGCAAGAUUUGACCCAUAUGGAAAGAAUAAGUUCUCCACUUGCAGAAUUUGUAAAAGUUCUGUGCAUCAGCCAGGUUCUCAUUACUGCCAAGGCUGUGCUUACAAAAAAGGCAUUUGCUCAAUGUGUGGCAAAAAGGUUUUGGAUACCAAGAACUACAAGCAAACAUCUGUUUAGUUGCACUGAUUGACUUUCUGACUUCCACUUUUAUAUUUCUAUGUGAUUUUUAUUUUCUGCUAUAUGUUUUCCAAGGUAUAACUUGUACAUACUAGUUUUAAACAAUAUUUCAAGGCAAAUGACUAAUAUUAGACCAAUGUUUAGAGUUUUCCUCUUUUCUUCCAAGAAAUCCUGUAUGGUAUAAAAUAUAACUACUAUCUAUAAUAGGUAACAUUUUUACAAACAUUUAAUAGGCUUUAUUAAUAGAGCAGAUUGAAUGAAAACUAUUUUCCAAUGCUUUAAUGCACUUUGUACUGACUAUAUUUAGUUAAAUCAUUCCCCCCUUUUUUUCUGUAGAUAUUUUUUCCAAAGGGAUGAGAAUGUUAGAAGUUUGCUAAUAUUGCCCUGACAGCAGUGAACCUGGGCAACCAAGAGCAUCAUUUGUCUCCUGUGGCAGGAUGCCUGGCCCUUAGCACCAGCAUCCUUUAGUUAAUCAGAAUUUAAAAGGGCAGACAACCCUUGAAAUUUAAUAGGGCUUUAUCAGAGACCAUUGUGGCUGAGGUGGCCUUUCUGCUUACCCACCUACUGAUUAGACCAUCCUGGAGAGGGUUUGAAAGUUUUCAUUUUGAUAUUUUCAUUCUUAUAGAAGUAAUCCUUCUCCUGUCCCUCUGCCUAGGUUUCCCCCACCCCCAGCUAGACAAACCCCAGGAAUAUAAGCUGCAGUAGUGUUUCUGUGAAUUCAGCCAGUGUUAGGAAAGCUAGGAGAGUGGCCAUGCUGACCAGUGUGGGGAGACAUUACGGUUGUUUGUGAAAGCCCCACCAACAGAGACCAACUUCUCCCUCUUCCCCCCAAACAUCGAUAACAGGCAUGCUCCAGGUGAUAUGAAUGGCUAACGUUGCCAGGAUUGUGUAUGUAAAGUCCCCCAAUCCAAUAUUGGAUGUCCUGGAAGAAUGUGCUUGCUGUACCUGCAUAGUGCAGGGGUCUGCUGUUGAAAGCACGUGCUUAUUGCGAGACAGUUAUGCAGCAAGGUAAAAAUCUUUUUUCCUUUUAAAAGUUGGGGUGUAUGAGAAAUAUGAAACUGAUUCAGUCCUUAGGAACUCCAAUGUAGGGUAUAAAUACUCUGUAUUUUUUGUUUGUUUUGAAAUGAUUAUGUAAAGUAAUUAAAGUUGUAUUUGUCAUUUAA